AUGGUGAGAUACUCGAUUACCCCACAAAAUAUCGAAAAAUCUGCCAAAACUCGUGGCGCCUAUCUACGUGUACAUUUCAAGAAUACACGUGAGGCCGCCAAAUCGAUUUCCGGUAGAAAAUUGCUUAACGCUAUAAAGUAUCUCGAGGAUGUGAAAGCUCAUAGACAAGCUGUGCCGUUUAGACGCUUCAAUGGUGGUGUUGGUCGGUGUGCUCAGGCUAAGGCUUUUGGCGCCACUCAAGGUCGCUGGCCGGCAAAGAGCGCCGACUUCUUAUUGGGCUUAUUGAAAAAUGUUCAGAGUAAUGCUGAGCUUAAACAAAUGGAAGUGGGGAAUUUAGUUAUAACUCAUAUUCAAGUCAAUCGAGCACCAAAACAAAGAAGAAGAACUUAUCGUGCUCAUGGUCGUAUCAACCCGUACAUGAGUAGUCCAUGUCACAUUGAAAUUAUCGUCACGGAAGAAGCGACAAAAGUGAAACGUGAGGACGACACUAAGAAAGUACAACGUCUCAAUCGUAGACAAGUUGCACGACAAAGAUUAAUUGAUUCCCAUAAUGCGUAA